CCCUCCCAAUCAAAAAGGCCUUUAGUUCCCAUACUUCCAUAGUACCUCGAAGAUCAUUGACCCCACCAAUAUUUCAAGUAAUUCUCACCCUAAAUUUCACUCUGUAAAUCAUGUAAUAACUUAUUACAAGACUCUUGUAUUUUAUAUAUUUUAGGAUAAUAAAAAGACCAAAAAAAAAAAAAAAAAAAGGGAAAAAAAACCUUCAGCAUUGCGUACAACCUUCCUAAUCAAAGCCUUAAUUGAAUUGGAGGGCUUAUUCCUUAAGCAACUAAGUUGAGGAGCUUAAGACUGAACCCCAAGGAAGUUUGGGGCUAAAGUUAUGAUUCAGCUAUUUUUUGCCACUAGUUCAUAGACAGAAUAGAUUGUCUACGGUAGAGAUCAGAUUAUCGAUAGAAUGGAAGGUGGUGCUAGAGUCACAGUGAAAGCGGUGGUUAUCAUCGCCGGAGACAACAACGUUCGGGGCUCCCUCCAAUUCAUUCAGGAUCCCAGCGGGAUUACCCAUGUCAAAGGGAAGAUAACCGGGCUCUCUCCAGGCCUUCAUGGCUUCCAUAUCCAUGCCCUUGGCGACACGACAAAUGGCUGCAACUCUACUGGUGCUACUUUUUAAGUUCUCUUUUGAUUCAUUAGGCUCAUAAUAAUCAUAUCUGUAAGUGUGUUUUGUGUGGUCUAAGAGUAUCUGGGGUCAUACAAGUGGAAAUAGCUUGAAUUGUUUGAAAUCUGUGAUAGCUUAGGUUGAUUCUAAUAAUCUAUGAAGUGGGUUUAUAAUGCUAUAUGACUAUGGUGGGUGGUUCUGUUACUUUUGAUUUUGUAAUUUAUCUUAGGGCCUCAUUUCAAUCCACUGAAGAAAGAUCAUGGAGCUCCAAGUGAUAAAGAGCGGCAUGCUGGUGAUUUAGGCAACAUUAUUGCAGGCCCUGAUGGAGUUGCUGAGGUCUCAAUUAUAGACACACAGAUUCCACUUAGCGGGCAGCAUUCAAUAUUGGGGAGGGCAGUUGUUGUGCAUGCUGAUCUGGAUGAUCUUGGUAAAGGUGGUCAUGAACUUAGCAAUACAACCGGCAAUGCAGGUGCACGAGUUGGAUGUGGUAUUAUUGGGCUUCAAUCAUCUGUGUAAGAAAUAUUGCUUGCAGUUACCCUUCAAGACAUUUCAACCUAUUAUCAGAGUCUAUAAUCUUUUUUAGUAUUUAUGCAUCUUAGACGAAUGAUUAACACAUUUCCAGAUGGAUGAUAGAAGUCUGUUCUCUUGAAAGUUGAAACUACUAAGAUGAACUCUUUUUGGGCAGAUAUUACAAUUGUGUCUCCAAAAGCCUCUCUAUGUGCUUCUUCUUCCCUUUUUUUUUUUUUUUGCCAUAAUCAACUUUUGGCCUACAA